AUGACGACAUCCACUGUGAUGACGUCAUUGGAUGUCUCUUCACGUGAAUCACCGAGUAAGUUUUAUUUUUCAAUAGAAGAAAUGAGGAGAAUUUUUUUAAAAGGUCUUUUGAGGUUUUUAAAUCGCCCUAAGCUUUCAUUAUUAAGAGAAAAGAAAAAUCGUAAAACGUUUUUUUAGUGGAAAAAUAGCAUUAACGUUGAGUUUCGUUUUUUUAUUUAUAAGGUGAAACUAAAACCACGUUAGGAGUUAUGAGAGGCCUUUUCCCCUUCCCUCAGAGUCAGACUGAGCUCCUUACUUGUUUAAAUCCUUUGUUGGGAGCUUUUGGUCGAGUGUAAUCGGCUGGUUCAUUCCGGCUUCUCGAUGCUAGAGAGGGCACGUGGACGUCUUUUCUGGAGGCAGACGAACAGAGUAGAAAAAAAAACAGUCUCUUGCGUAUAUUUAGUUUAUUUGCGGCCAACCGUUCGGCCUCGCAGGCCCUCUGUGGCAUCUUUCAUGACGUCAUGCUUCCAUUUUUUCCGAAUGUUUUUCCUCCGUGAGUCUGAGUCAUCCUUUCAAAGCCGAGAGUCAAAGUUUUGCACUUUUGAGUUUUAAUAGGCCAAAUGUUUUCAAAGAUUGAAAAAAAGCGAAAAGUACAUAAGUGACGUUAAUACUCGCUCCACUGCAAAAGGCCCCUCCGCCCCUAAUUAAAUAGGAAUACGUCUAUAUGACGUAGCACUGCUGCUUGAUCGAUAGUUGCUAGGUUAAAAAAUAGGAAAAGCUCAAAACGAUAGUUAGCAUCAGUCUGUUUUAUGAUUUGACGUUUAUUUUAUCAAACGCACGUCAAGAUUGUUGAUUCCAUUUAUCAGUAGGCAUCCAACGGGACAUUUUUCCUCUGAUUUUUGGCCCCAGAGGGUCGAUAAAGGUGAUUCAUCUCUUCUGCAUCUCUCUCCUCUCUUCCAACACUUUUUUGAGAACUCAACCGGUUUGAGGCGUCUUGUGUCCUUUGCCGAAAUGAAGAAAACAUUCGGCUGCAGUAAAAUUUUGAAAAAAAGUGCUUUUUGUUCAUAAUCGAUAAUGAAUCGGAAGUGAUUUUUUUAGAAAAAAAGGAUACCAAAAUUUCAGUUGAAAAAAAUCAAUGAAGUUGGUUUGCUUAAUAAUUAAAAAAAUAAUAAUAAUUAAGCCUUAAUUACAGCCCUUUCUACUACUGAAAAAAGGUGAAAUUACAAAAAUUGGAGACUUUAAGUAGAUUUUUGAACCUGUUUUCUGAAAUCCCGAUUUCGAAAAAGAGACGCGAAUAAAGUUUCCUACCAUCUAAUUAAGUAACGAAACUCUUUUAAACUCGAGAAAAGGAAAACAACGCAAAAUAGAAAAUAAUGCAUUUACAGACCAACCUGGGUCCUUCUCGACGGUAACACUAGGCGAUGCGGAACUGGUGACGCAGAGCGCUCCAAACACGCCGGUGGCUCACCGCGAAGCCAAGGUCGUCGACUUGAUCAACGGCAACGGCGGCGGCAAGAUGGUCGUCUCAGGGAACCUGUCUAGCGCAUACUACCGUGCCGGGCUCGGUAUAUCCAGCCCUAACAGUCUUUAGAAUACCCAAUAAGUUGCAGGGAGCUUGAAGAACGGGAUUUUUGCUUGUUUCAAACCGGUUUGGAGUUACUUCGGACGGAGUGAAGGCGACCUGCCGCAGGCGAUCGUCGACGACUGGGAGAUCCCUUUUGAGAAUAUUUCCAACCUGCAAUGGCUCGGCGCCGGUUCCCAAGGUGCCGUCUUCAGUGGCGACCUUCAGGGCCGCACCGUCGCCGUCAAGAAAGUCAGGGAGCUCAAGGAAACCGACAUAAAGCAUCUGCGACACCUGUCCCAUCCCAACAUAAUCGAAUUCGUGUAAGUUUCUUUCUUUUUGAAGUUUUUCUCUAGCCCUAAAUCACCAGUAUUUUUUCCAAUUAGGUAGGCAAAGUUUUCGGAGAAAUGUUGAAAUUUCUAUGAAUCGACUUUUUAUUUUUGUCUCAUCUGUUGCAAAAGUUUGGUUUUGAAUUCUUUUGAUGAAACACAAUGUUCCCGAGCGGCAGCUGUGGUCAGUAGGCGUGGCUGACUGCAACAGCGGCACGGUUUAUUGCAAUAAGGGCGCGGCGAAGUUUUUGUGGAUUUAGUGGUUGAAGAAAGAUCAUUAAAUGAUGUUUUUCUAGGCUCUCGCAAGUUUUUUAAUGUGUAUCAAAUGAUGAAAAAAGAGACAAAAUAGUUUUUGCAAAACAAAAUAUCUCCAAAAAUGUCGUUUUUUCGCCUGCACUCGUCUUUUUUGGAAAACUGUGUGAUAGAAAAAUUGGAAUAUACUGAGUUUGAGAUUUUAUUCGGAAAAAAUUGAUUUUGUUCUUGUUUUCACCUAAGUUUUGUAAUUAGAGUGUCCUUUUGAGUGAUUUCGUACACUUGUUUGAAGAUGAGUCUUACUCAGUUCUUCGGAAUGGCGGACUUAGUAUCACGUUCGCUAAUUCUCCUGUAUAUUUUCAAAGAAGCACUCUGAAGUGAUAGAAAAACUGUAGUAAACGGGCACGGGGAACGCGUUUACUCUCUAUCAGUUGAAAACAUUUUCUUUUACGCUCCUUCAAACAGAAUUCGAAACAAAAUGGUACGGACUUGACGCAGGCUCAUAUUGAAAACGUGAGAGAAAACUAAAAAAUAUCAUGUUUAUCUCAAAGCUUUUUUUAUUCACUGGCCACAUGCCUUCAAUGGUUGCACCGUAGCGGCUAUUUGCAGAGGAAUCUGCACGGCUGCGCCUUGCUACUGCAUCGUGAUGGAAUUCUGCUCCAGUGGACAGCUCUGCUCCAUGCUCAAGUCCAAACGCGUCAUCAGUUAGUCUGACUGAGCUGCAGCAGCUCAAAAAAGAAGUUCAGAGAAGGAUUUGUGGUCUCGAUGGGUGCGACAGAUCGCCGAGGGUAUGCACUACCUUCACAAAAACAAAGUGAUCCACCGUGACCUCAAAAGCCCGAAGUAAGCUACUCCGUGUAGUUUUCAUCGAAAAAGCUCUUUCCAGCAUUCUUCUCAACGACAGCGAUGAGAUCAAGAUCUGCGACUUUGGCACUUCGCAUCUGCAGGAAAAGCUCAAUAGUACACUCAUGUCUUUUUGCGGCACCGUGAGUUGGAUGGCGCCGGAGAUGAUGAAAAAGGAGCCGUGCUGCGAGAAAGUCGACGUCUACUCGUUCGGCGUCGUUCUCUGGGAGAUGAUCUCCCGAGAGAUGCCCUACAACAACGUCGAUCAAAUGGCCAUCAUCUACGGAGUCGGAAACAAGUUCGUGCAGCGUUGAUAUAAUACCAGAAAGGCAACCGUUGCAGCAUCUUGUCUCUGCCGAUCCCGCCCUCCACCCCCGGCGGCCUCUCUGUCCUCAUCAGACAGUGUCUGAGCACUCGGGCACGCAAUCGACCUUCUUUCAACCACAUCCUCCAGCAUCUCGACAUCUUCCAGCGGGAGCUCGACGAGAUCAGCGACGAGGUUCCUAGGCGUGAUUAAGACAAGUUCAACUGACAAAAUCGCUAUUCACUGUGCUUUUUCGUAAAUUGAAUUUUUUGAACACUCAUCUAUCUUUAAUUGCCGUACACCCCAUUCUUCAAAAAUUGGAACAGACGAUCUCUAAUUAGGUGGCUAAAAAUGAGAAAUUUUCUAGACAAAAAUGAAAGCCGAAAUAUGUUCAUAAAUUCUACAAAUGUAAAAAAAACAAGCGAAGUUCGAGUUUCGUUCAGGAUUGGCUGCAAAGAAUGGCCGAGUGGCGAAUCGCUGCGCAGGAAAUACAGUACCCAUCUACUCUCACGAGAAAACCCGUCGAACCUGACAGUAAAAGCGCUGGAAACGGACUUGUUGAUCGUUGAGUCUUGCAGAAGAGUACGAAAGGCAGCGCAAGGAGCAGCUCAAACACAUCCAGGACAUCCGCGUCAUGUACGAGAGGAAGAUCAAACGCGCCGACCGGAUGUACGCCGAGCUGCGCUACUGUCUCGAAGACGUCUACUUCCGAGAGAAGGUCAGCAAGAGGGCUUUCAGACGCUACCAGAAGUAUAAUUCAUGAUGCAAUAAUUGUAUAUUUAAUUCGUUUUUGUGCUUAAAUUUCAUUUUGAGAAUUUGUUCGAGGUUAAAAAUAUCAAAAAAUCAUUACAGAAAAGCCUAAAAUAUAAUUUCGAACCAUGUUUCAAGGACUGUAUUCGAUUAAUAUUGAAAAAGGUAUCGAAUGUACCAACGAAAAUUGUUUAGGGCAAAGUAUGUUUCAAAAGGAAGAUAAAAAGUUGCGAAGAAAAAGAGAUAAAAUUUUUCUCAAUGUCUCUCCAUACUUCCAUCGUUACAGAAACUCGAAGAAAGAGAGCAAAUGUUCGAAGAGCGAGCUUCGAAUCACUUCCAUGCACAUCCAGGAUCGCGAAUUCCAGUCGUGCGAGCCGGUCCCAGGACUAUCCGAGGAGCCGAGCAAGAGUCAGUUUCCUCUCUUUUCUGUGUCUAAUUCGAGCUCAGUGUGUUCACGACGACAUUCCACAGAACACCGAGUAACCACGAGGAAAUGGACGACAUGUCUUCCAGCGAAGACGAGUUUUCUGUCGGCUGUCCAAGAGGCUCUCCUUACCGGUUCAGUCAGGCCAGCAGGUGAGCAUAUCGACAAAGAUCGUCUUCUUUCGGAAAAUAGAUUAGCGCCGCAAUUAGAUUUUAUCGAACUUAAAAAAAAUGGAUUUCGCAGCUUUGAUCGUCGUGGCCAAACAGAAUAUUUUCUAAAGUGAAAACUUCUGCUUUUUUGAAAAAAAAGAAAAGGAUUUCUAUAGUCUGUUCAUAUUCUGAAGGUCAAUUCAUCGCUCAAACUCCGCCCCUUGAGCGUAGAUCAAACCAAUAGAGAGCGAUCCAUCCACAGAGCGUUGUUGGUGGUUGCUUAAAAUUCGAAAUCUGAACAGACUAUGAUUCACAAAAUUUUUUGAAAGGUUUCUUUGUAAAUUGAUGUGAUCAGAAAUCCAUAAGUCGAACAGAAGUAUUCAGCUCAUCGGGAUUCCCAUCGACAAACUCGGCUCCUUUUUCACGACAAUCUUCUUCUCGCAGCUCCUCCGGAAUCGCCAUGCGCAGACCUCGACCAGAGCCAAGUCAUUAUUGGGACGGUGCUCGAGGACACAUUGCUCGGUGCAGCGGCGUCUCUGAAGACAGCGGUCUCUGGAGCGGCGCCGGGAGCUGCACUGUCCUCAACGCAGGACAGCCGGUAUCCUCGGUGGACCGCUUCUCAGAGACGAAUUUCUUCGUUGCAGAUGACCUUCUCCCAGAUGCUGUACCGCAACAGCGACGGUCGCUGGUCCGACGGCAGGAUCGCCCAGAGACGAAGGACUCGGAAAGGCACCAGUUUCCAGCGCGACAGCCCUUCGCGCAUUCCCCAGGCUGAGUUCAGACAUCGUAAGUUUUAAAUCGUUCAUUCUUCUCUUUUCAUCUCAUUUCAUGACUUUGGAAAUACACAAAAGUCUGUUCUCACUUGUCAUAUGCCUUCGAAGUUUGUCAGAAACCUAUAAAGUUUUGAAUUGUAUUAAAUAACUCUUUCCUUUAUGCUUCCUGGUUUCAAUCUCUUGCUCAUAACUCUAAAAAACUGGAUUUAAUAACGAAUACAACUUUUUACAGCUCGUAAUAAAGCAAAUAGGGCUUCUUGUCCCUCAAGACCGCAAAUGGAAGACGAAAUGUGUGAGUGUGACGGAGGGAACUGCGCCAAAAACACAAGGUAAGCCCUCCUCAGAACAACUGUGAAGAUUAUAACUUCAGAGCCAAAUCGGUGACAGUGGCUCGUCCUCGAUCCCCCACGCCGUAUGACGAGUUGACGGAAUUGAGCGUCAGUGCGUUGCCCUGCUCGACUUCUUACGACGAAGCUCUGCGCGACAGUGCCGAGAGGUCGUUCUCCCAGCCGUCCCACCUGGCCACCUACCUCAAAGAGACGAGUCCGAUCAGAGUCGUCGGCGGCACGAAUUCGACCUACGUCUCACCGGUCACCACCUAUAACAACCCGAUGAAGCAAUCGGAAGGCGAAAAUCUGAAAGUUCUCAACGCCAAUAUUGAUGACCUCGGAUCUUCGAUCGAUUCCCGAAGAGGUCCGUCGCGACGCGAAGGCGACAACGACGCCUCCGCUGAAAGCAACACUGAGGAAGACAAGGAGACCAACGGGUUUAGUCUUGUUUUUUUUUCAUGCGCUUACUCUUCUAGUUCAGGAACUUCUUGAAUUCUUCGUUGGACUCACAGAAGUCGACAGCACUUUUUCAAUCGCAGAGCGACGAAGACUUUGUACCGCGAAGAAUGAUUGAUUCGCAGUCGACGAUGGCGUCCUCUCUAGAACGAUCGUUAGAGCUGGGCGCUACGCGUUCAGACGGUCUCAGCGACAAGGAGCAGCGAGUACGUGCCGUCAAAGAAACGAUGCUCCGCCAUCGGCGAAUGGUGAAUCGGUCUUCUCGCGGUCGCUUAUUUGUUAUUAUUUCAGAAUUCCAAUCACAUGUCCGACAUUCUCGACGAGUCUUUCAGUAGCGAUGACGCCGUCCAGAUUUGA